UUGGCUCGUCCAUAAAUUAGAGUCUCACCCAAAAAUCUCUAAAUCUGAAUAGUGUUGUUUUAGCAUUAAGGUGUACCUGUUUAAUGCCUCCAUGCAAAUUCAGAGUUGAUAGAGUUAAACUAUUAUCUCUAAGUCACAGGCAACAACUGGUGAAUUGCUGGGGGGGUGUCUCCCCCCAAAUAACCGUCGUGCGAGUGAAGAUUUAGUCGGCUCAACACUUACCAGUUCUUAAUUCUGCCUUGUUUGCAUGUUUAACCUUAUUUUUGUCUUUAUUUAGCAGUUGAAUGACCAUACUUUGGAACUUUGAAAGACUUUUAAUCGAAUUAAUUCUUUUGCAGUUAACAUACACGGUUCUUCAUUUUACAUCGAAAUGAAAAAAACUAUUUUUGCCUCUCGUUAACUAACUAUCAUUCACACCACUACUAUACUGAACAUAGAACCUAUUACAUAUGCAUCGGUUCAAGUCACCACUCCACAUUUGCAUAGCUUGAUAAAAUUCUUUCAAAAUAAAUUCCAGAGUAGUAUAAGUAGUUGCAGCAGAAAAAUUAGAUGUAGUAAAAGGAUAGGGAGAUGUUGGAAGGACUCUCUUUCUCAGUUCGAUUGGUAAUUUCUGUCAUUUAUCCUUAAGAUUUUUCAGAAUAUUACCAACAGUUCGUGUUGCUGCUAAUGUGCACAGUCCAAUAACAUUUCUUGUUGUAGCUCAUUAUAUUUCCAGCUGCUCACUCUGUUUCAAAAUAUACUCUGUGUUUAGCUACGAAGAAAAAGUUUGGUUCCUAGCUGGUGAAGAAGACCAAAUUUCUGAGGAUUGAUAUUGGAAAAAAAGUGCAUGCGAAAAAAUACUCCAACUUAAAAAGUUAAUUGAUCCCAGAAAAAAGGUGACAUCACUGGGGUAUAUGUACAAAUAACCUAGAGUAGUGACUUUACCUUAUGAUUUAACCGAAAUAACUAUUUGUUUAAAUUUUUCAGAAAAAGUUUAUUUUAAACGUGCCUGAAAUUUACCUGCAUUCGUGGUCAGUGAUAAUUAAUUUCUCUUGUUUCUUACUCGACCUCGAAUACUUUAUCGUUCAAAUCUAUUUCAGGUUUGUGUAAAAGCUGAGUAAAUCCUACACUAUAAAGCUUAAACAUUAUUUCCAUAUCAGUCAGGCUACAACUAGUGCUCAGAUCAUUAAAACGUUUCGACGAAUUAGCAUCAUAAAAAUUCAAAUGCCUUCAGACCUCUCUGGCUAUGUUUGUGUGGUUACAGGAGCUAGUCGUGGUGUCGGCCAAGGUAUAGCUAUCGGCCUUGGUAAAGCAGGAGCUACCGUUUACCUUACUGGAAGAACUCUUUCAGCAGAAAAUGGUAAAGGAGGAGUUAGUCUCCGUGAUACUGCCCAUAUUAUUAAUGCAUCAGGCGGAAAAGCAAUCACUGUUGCUGUGGAUCAUUCUGAUGAUACACAAGUUGCAGGACUAUUUUCUCGUAUUCAUAAAGAACAAUAUGGUCGUUUAGAUAUAUUUGUAAAUUGUGCAUUUAGUGCAACUGAUUAUUUAUUGGAUAAUAAUAAUUCACCAUAUUGGGAAUCUAAACUUCGUCCAAAUGAAGAAUGGGAUUUAAUUAAUCGAGUUGGACUUCGUAAUGCAUAUAUAUGUAAUGUAUUAGCUACACGUAUGAUGAUAAAAUGUCGUGAAGAAUCAAUGGAUUUAACAAAGAAUAAUGAUGAAAAUGUAUAUAAUCAUUCUAAUAGUAUAACAACUUCACUUAUUCAUAAUAAACCAUUACCUACAGGAUUAAUUGUAAACAUUUCUAGUUUCGGUGGAAUUACAAGGAUAUUUAAUGCUGCAUUUUGUUCAGGUAAAUCAUCUUUGGAUCGACUUAGUCAAGAAAUGGCACGUGAUCUGAAAGAACAUAAUGCAAAUAUUAGCAUUGUCAGUAUUAUACCUGGACUUAUACAAACAGAAUCAGUUGUUUCAGCCUAUGAAAGUGGCAAUUCAGUUAAAUUGUUUGGAUAUGAUGCCAGUUUAAGAAUGGCUAUGCCAGCUCCUAUUCUUGGUGAUGUAAUUGCAUGUUUAGCUCAACAAUCAAAUAAUAAGAAAUUACUUCAAUAUUCUGGUCAUUGUUUAUUUGCUCCUGAUUUAGCUUCAGAAUUUGGUAUAAAAUCGUAUGAUGGUUAUAAUUUUACAAAUUUACGUUCUAUUAAAGGAUUAUUACAAUUAAUUGGUUGGAAACAUUUAGCUAUUUUAUUUCCAGGAUUUAUUAAAAUCCCUUAUUGGUUAAUUGCUAUAGUGACAUCAAAAUUUUAAAGUAUCCCGUUAUUAGUGAUAGUUUAUCUUUUAGCAUUUUAACUCAUUUGACUGUCUUUUUCUAUUUACAUAUGUAUAUGAAAUAGAACUAUAUUCAUCCGUCUACUUAUAUAAUUGAUCAGUAGUAUGAUAGACUUUUGCAAUACUCCUUUUUCACAGUUGUGUUUUUUUCUUCAAACAAUAACUUCUUUGUAUUGAUAAACUACAAUCUCUUUUCCUGUGUUAAUGUGGUAUGGCAACUCGAACUGAUGUACGUACGUACGAAGUUCUGCGUUGUUACUGACUGACGAUCUCUUUUCAAUUAACGCUAAUAUUCCAUUAUUUAUUAUUGUAUUACUAUUAACAAUACUAUUAUGACUAUUGUUGUUUUACAAUAUAUUCAAAAGGUUUGUAUACAUUGUUCAAUGUUUUCAAUAUUUAUAUAUCUAUUGUUCAACUGUGAAAUGAUAAAGGCAGCAAUUUUCUAAUUUCUUUCUGUUAUUCGGUAAAAAAAACAUUAAUUUACCUCAUUAUUGUCUAUAAUCAUUAUAUGUAUACUUUUUUUAGUCUUCAUGAUCCAUCAUCUUCUUUAUAUUGAAUGGUCAUCAUCAUAGAUCUUUUUCAUUUCAGAACAAAUUGUUAUUAUAAUCUUGAUGGAAUUUUGUUCUGUGAGCUGGAUGGUUUAGAGCUUUCAUAGUUUUUUUGAACGACAUCAUCGAAUUUCUUCACAUAUGGUUCACAGCUUGUCCUGUAAACUUCGAUGUUGAUUAGUUCUUAUUAUAAUCGUAUAAUUUUCAGUUAACAAUAAUAUCAGUUAUUGCUUAUCAUACAAGUUGUUUACGUUUAUUACCUAUUAUCUUGUAUAUGUAUGACAAGUUUUUUUUGUCGUUGUUUACUUUCUAUUGUUCUAUUUCAUUAUCCUUGUGGUUAAGUUUAUAUUAUAUAAAUUUCCGUUAACAAAACAACUAUUACGAAAUAAGUUAAUUCCCC